AUGGCGGCCGUCGGCUCUCCCCCGGCCUCGGCACCUGGCUCGCCGACUAGCCCCCGUCGGAAACCUGUCGCUGGGUCCCAUGGCUUGGCCCCUAUCGAACGGUACGACUGGAACGAGAACGUAAAACCUCUCCCUGGUGUCCCUGGUGCUGCACCCUUGUCUGAAUCGCCAAGGUUGCGUCAGUCUCCGGUGUCGCCCGUCAAGGUUAACUUUCAGUCCGACGACUUCCCUCGUCCCUCCACCGGGAACAUCGAGACGCAUCUUCCUCCCGCCCACUCCGCACCGGCCACGGCUCUCGAUCGUGCCCUUCCCAAGACUCCCGAUGCUCCAACCCCACCUCCACACACUCCUCUAUACCCAUCAGAGAACGGCACCCUGCAUCAAGCCUCAGCUCUGAACGGCCUGGGCCUGCGGCCUGCCUCGGACGGCGCCCACAAGUCUUCCACAUCUUCUACCACCGCCAACGCGCUGAAUCCGAAGUUCAACCAGCUGAGCAUGGACGAGCAGGUGCAGAAGGCGGCGGGCGAGAAUCGAAAUAGCCGAGAGUCCAACGUCACUGCCAACAGCUCGCGGCAGCAGACCUCAGCCGAGUCUUCCGCGACAACAAGUGCUAGCUCGGUCUCUGGCAUCCUCGAUACAUCAGACAACCAGGACUACUCGGCCGAUGCCUCGGCUGAGAGCUCUGUGAUCGAUGACCCCGCCCUCCGGCCCGAGCCUGUCCCUCCGCUGCAAUACCAUCACUCGGCCUUCCUCCAACGCCCCGCAAGUGUUGCUGUGGUGCACGACCCACGGGCCCAGUCCAACCCAAAUCUAUCUGAGGGAGAUCCCAUGAUCAACCGCCAUUUGACACCUACUGCCAACUUCAACAGACGGAGCUCACUACCACGGCCGCAAUCAGCGUACUCGGUGUACUCCGACUUUGGCCCGCGGGGCCGUUCUCCUGGCUACCUGGGUGGUUCGCAGGUCCGGACGCCGUCAACUCACUCGAGGAAAUCUCCGGAAGCGCGGCACUCGACGUUUGGAGAGCUGCUCAAUGUGCCGUACCCGCAGCCCGCCCCGGCACCCAUCACCUUUGAUAAUUCACAACUGAGAUCCGUCGUCGGCAACAAUGCAUCCCUGCUCAGCGCCGAAAAGACGUUGGAAAUGUACCGGCAAAACGUAAAGAAGACAAACGACUUCUCCAUUCUGUACUCCUUCGCCGUCUUCCUCAUCGCCACAGCCCAGGAACAAGGCCUAGAUCUCUCAGACUCCAAGAGGACCAAGAGCCCAAAGCCUGCCGCCGGUGAGGCCCCUCCGUCCUCUCCCAACGACCUAGUCCGGGAGGCUCGCGCCAUCCUCCAGAAGCUAUCCAACAAUGGCUAUCCUUUUGCGCAAUACUACCUCGCGGAUGGUUAUGCCUCUGGCUUGUUCAGCAAGGGGAAGGAAGACUAUAACUCGGCGUUUCCCCUGUUUGUCAUUGCCGCCAAGCAUGGCCACGCCGAGUCGGCAUACCGUACCGCCUUGUGCUACGAAUUUGCUUGGGGAUGCCGCAAGGACCCCGCCAAAGCCGUGCAGUUCCUUCGUACCGCCGCAGCCAAGAGGCAUCCGGGUGCCAUGACAAGGCUGGGAAAGGCGUGCUUGUCAGGCGACCUAGGCGAGAAGCGUUACCGGGAGGGUGUCAAGUGGCUGAAACUGGCCUCCGAAUCCGCCGAUGCCGUAUACAAUUCGGCUCCUUACCACCUCGGAUGCCUGUAUGAGACGGGAUACGGCGACGAUGUUUUCCUGGACGAGAGCUACGCCGCCGAACUCUUCACUCAGGCCGCUGACCUCGGCCAUCCUGAGGCAAAUUACAGGAUGGGCGAUGCCUACGAACACGGCAAGCUCAGCUGCCCUAGAGAUCCGGCCCUGAGUGUUCACUUUUACACGGGCGCAGCGGAACGUGGCCAUGCCCCGGCUAUGAUGGGUCUCUGUGCUUGGUAUAUGGUCGGUGCCGAGCCCGUCUUGGAGAAGGACGAAGAGGAAGCCUAUGAAUGGGCGCGGAAGUCUGCCGAGCUAGGCCACGUCAAAGCACAGUAUGCCGUUGGGUACUUCACCGAGAUGGGCAUUGGAUGCCGAAGAGACAUUCUCGAGGCGAACGUGUGGUAUGUCAAGGCCGCCGAUGCCGGUGACGACCGUGCAAAACAGAGGCUCGCCGCCAUCCGUGCCGCCAUAAGUGGGGGAACACCGAUGGAAGUUGCGCCGCCCCGAAAUGCUAAGGUCAAGAAGGGCGGCGGGGAGGGUGAUUCUAAGGAGUGCAUCAUAAUGUGA